AUGGCCGCCCAUCCCCAAACACCCAGAUCCACGCGAAUGUUGCAAUGGAUGGAAGAUGAUGUGCCCGUCAUCGACUCUAAGGAAUCCUUCACCGACGUCGUGUUUAAAUUAUCAACCUAUAUCGCAAAAGCAACUGACGCCGCAUAUACAUUUGAGCAGCUUCGAACAACCACUGCUGGCCAUGGCCUGAAACCCUUGAUUUCCGACCUCAGCGAGAACUGCCAUCACCCGGCAAUUGUUGCUGCUCUACUGGCUGCAGGGUAUCUUUUCACCAGUAUUGAUUCUGAUGCCGAUGGGGCUUUGAAUGUGUCGAGAGCACUGGCCUGUGAAUUGGUCGCCUGGCAGUUCUUGACCUUUCUCUCAGAGAAGGAGCUUAUCGACUACCUGCUGUAUGAAUUACCUCAAUAUGACGACGAUGAGAAUCUUGAUUCCUCUGUUGGAGAGGAAGGUUCCAACGGUCGACCUGCAGGCGAAACCUCCAGGAAUAGUCGUGGCUCUUCCUCCGACGAGUCAUCACCACUCAUACGUUCACGCUCCGCUGAAUAUUCGGGCUUCCGGCCCCCGAAACGAGCAAGUAUCGAUCUUUUUAGCCAUACUCCGAGCUCGAUGUUCAAGGACGGUUCAAGUGGUACUCGCAUUAACCUCGACCAGUCAAUGGCGGGCAUGAAUGCCCUGGAGAUUGCAGCAAUUGGUGAUGCCAAGAAAUUCCUCUCCCAGAAACCGGUCCAGAAGAUCAUCGAGGACAUCUGGAACGGCGACGUGGUCUUCUGGGAGUCUCUUUCUGUUCAUGCUGUCAAGAAACCUCGCGUCUAUAACAGGCGUGUUGCUGACCCCUUCUCCCGCCUCCGUGUCCCCAAAUAUCAGAAAUUCUUCCAAACGGCCUUCUUCAUCUCACUUCUCGCUCUGUAUUAUGCAGUCCUGGUGGAACGAAACCCUCAGCAUAUCACUGCUACAGAGUCGAUGCUGUACAUCUGGAUUGCCGCAUUCGCAUAUGAUGAAUUCGGGGAGAUCCAAGAUGCUGGACUGAUGUUUUACCAAACUGAUUUCUGGUCCUUGUGGGAUAUUGGCAUCAUAGGCGUUUCUGCUGCAUUCGUUGUCACCAGAAUCGUGGGCCUCAUGAAAGAUAGUGAUUACAUUAUCGAUGUGGCAUUCGACAUCCUCUCCAUGGUUGCCCUUUUCUUAGUCCCAAGGAUUUUUUCGGUCAUGAGCUUGAAUCCAUAUUUUGGAAGCCUGAUACCCGUGCUCAAGGAGAUGACCAAAGCAUUUUGCAAAUUUUUACCUGUUAUAGUUGUCCUUUAUCUUGGAUUUCUCACGACAUUUACCAUGCUCGCACGAGAUCGAAUGUCACUUAAUGAAAUGUCGUGGCUUUUGAUCAAGGUGUUUUUUGGUUCCAGCUACCUUGGCUUCGACAUGGCUGUCAAGAUAUCUCCCUUGUUUGGAUAUACCUUGAUGCUGAUUUUCGUCUGCUUGACCAAUAUUCUACUCAUCACAUCCCUUGUAUCGUUGGUCUCCAACUCUUUGACCGAGGUCAUGGCCCAUGCCAGAGAGGAAUAUCUUUUCCAGUACUCCAUCUACGUUCUCGAAAGUAGCACUUCGCGUCGCCUCACCUAUUUCAUGCCCCCUCUGAAUCUCCUUCCUCUUACCCUAUUGCGACCCCUGCGACUCUUUUUCCCAUCAGAACAGGUUCGCCGUAUCCGCAUCUUCGUCCUAAAGGCGACCCAUCUUCCGUUCAUGGCUGUCAUCUGGACGUACGAGAAAUCUCGUCGCUUUGUCUCGCAUCCUCACCCUACACUGACAAAAGCCCCACAUUUCACCACUCGUCCUCUGAGCGCAGGCCACUUCAACUUCGAUGGGACCCAAGAUGCUGCCAGAGCAUCUACCUCCCGUCAAGCGCUUCCUGAAACUUCUCCAUCAAGAUCUCCCAACUUAGGCGGCUCAACAAUGAAAUCUGCCUCGGGCGGUGCCGAAAGCCCAGAAGUACUCGCUCUUAUCCAAAAAUUGAGUGAGCAAGUGGACAUCUUGACGGCAAUGGUCGCCGGCCAAGGGAAAGAUUGA